CGGAAGUGACGUGUCAGCGAGCAAGCCGGAAGUGACGCGGCAUGUCAACAUGGCCAGCUCGCUGAGCGGUUACCGGGGAGACGGCUGCUCUGCGCUGAGCAUGGAACAGAUCCGCUCCCUCACCGAUCUGCAGGAGCUGGAGGAGGCCUAUGAGCGGCUGUGCGCGGAGGAGAAACAGGUGGAAGCCGAGCUGGAUGCACUUCUCGGCCAGCAGGGAGCUGUGGAAAGCAAGAUGGUGGCUCUGCAGCGAAUGGGACCAAACCUGCAGCUGAUAGAAGGAGAUGCCCAGCAGCUAUCAGGGAUGAUCACGUUUACUUGUAACCUGGCGGAGAACGUCAGCAGUAAAGUCAGACAGCUGGACCUAGCCAAGAGCCGCCUCUAUCAGGCCAUACAGCGAGCAGACGACAUUCUGGAUCUCAAGUUCUGCAUGGAUGGGGUGCAGAGCGCUCUGAAGAAUGAGGAGUACGAGCAGGCAGCAGCGCACAUCCACAGAUACCUGUCCUUGGAUAAAUCGGUCAUUGAGCUCAGCAGGCAGGGGAAAGAAGGCAGUAUGAUUGAUGCCAACCUAAAGCACCUACAGGAGGCCGAGAAGCAGCUUAAAGUCCUGGUUAGUGAGAAGUUUGAUGCAGCAACUAAAGCCGGAGACUUGCCUCAGGUGGAGCGCUUCUUCAAGAUAUUCCCUCUGCUGGGGCUGCACAAGGAGGGGAUCAGCAAGUUCUCUGCGUACCUGUGCCGCCAGGUCGCUAAGAAAGCUGAAGAGAACCUGGCCCUGGCGCUGGGAUCAGAGGGCGGUGAGCGGAGGGCAUCCCUCUUAUUUGCAGACACUCUCACUCUGCUGUUUGAAGGUAUUGCUCGAAUAGUAGAGACUCAUCAACCCAUCCUGGAGACAUACUAUGGACCAGGGAGACUGUACAUACUCAUUAAGCACCUCCAGGCGGAGUGUGACCGGCAGGUGGAGAGAGUGGUGGAUACGUUUAUGCAGCAGAGAGACUAUCAGAGGAAGUUUCAGCAAGUGCAGAGCAGUAUGAUCAAAGCAUCAUCUGUGGACAAGAUGGAGCCCAGGGACCUGGACCCGAUCCUAGCGGAAGUGGCACUGAUGAGCGCCCGCACAGAGCUCUACCUCCGCUUUAUCAAGCGACGCGUGACGUCUGACUUUGAGGUCGGGGAUUCAGUGGCGACAGAAGAGGUGAAACAAGAACAUCAGCAACGUUUGGAGAAGCUGCUGAAGCACUGCUUGCUGAGCCGGUCCAUGCAGGAGGUGAUCGGGUACUACAUCACCAUGGAAGAGUACUACAUGAGGGAGUCUGUCAACAAGGCGGUGGCCAUGGAUGCGUGUGAGCGGGGGCAGCUGACCUCCAGUGUGGUGGACGACGUGUUUUACAUAGCGAAGAAAUGUAUUGGGCGUGCGCUGUCCACCUCCAGCAUCGACUGUCUCUGCGCCAUGAUUAACCUCUCCACCACUAUGAUGGAUUCAGACUUCAGGGAGGUGCUGUGUUACAAGCUGAGGAUGGGCUUCCCGGCCACCACCUUCCAGGACAUCCAGCGCGGGGUGAGCAGCGCCGUCAGUAUCAUGCACAGCAGUCUGCAACAGGGCAAGUUCGACACCAAGGGCAUCGAGAGCAACGAUGAGGCCAAAACGUCGUUCCUGGUCUGUCUUAAUAACGUGGAGGCUUGCAGCGAGAACAUCAUGACUCUAAAGAAAAAUCUGGAGAAUGACUGCAGAAAGCUGUUUAAUCAGGACUUUGGAGGGGACCAGGCCAAGGCUAAGAUUGAGAGCUGUCUCACAGACAUGGCCUCCGUAUCCAACAAAUUCCGAGAUCUCCUGCAGGAAGGUCUGGGGGAGCUGAACAGUACGGCCAUCAAGCCUCAAGUCAAGCCAUGGAUUAACCUCUUCCUGUCUGUGUCGCACAAUAUUGAGGAGGAGGAGUUUAAUGACUGUGAAGCCAACGACCCCUGGGUGCAGCAGUUCAUAGUGAACCUGGAGCAGCUCAUGGGCGAGUUCAAGGCCGGGCUGUCCCCCGUCAUCUAUGAGAAUCUCACCAGUUUGCUGACCAGCCUCAUAGCCAUUGAGCUGGAGAAAGUCGUUUUGAAGUCCACGUUCAGCAGGCUUGGGGGGCUGCAGUUUGAUAAGGAACUCCGCUCUCUUGUGGCUUAUCUCACGACAAUGACGACAUGGACCAUCCGGGACAAGUUUGCGCGGCUCUCCCAAAUGGCCACGAUCCUGAACCUGGAGAGAGUGACCGAAAUCCUGGAUUACUGGGGCCCGAACUCUGGGCCGCUGACGUGGCGUCUCACUCCGGCCGAGGUCCGGCAGGUGCUGGCGCUACGCAUAGACUUCCGUAGCGAGGACAUCAAGCGUUUACGGCUGUAGAUGGACAUUGUAAGAGCUUGUCUAUAUUUAUAUGGGUGGGAGAUGUUAUACGGUAUCUACGCUGUUUGGCUGAAGAGCUGACACUCAGAGACUCGGAAAUAAAAUUAGGACACACAAAUCUGUACCCAUUGAUCAUACUUUAAUUUACAGAUCUUUGUAUCACUUCUUGAUUAAAUAAUUAAUUCCA